AUGGCGAGCCGUGUUAGUCAUAGCCGAUUCGAUGAGGAAGCAUUCAAAGGGUAUAGAUGGAUGGACAACUCAGUGGAGAGUCGAAGGGAAGGAGAGGCCUCGCGUUGUGCUCGAUUAUACACUGAAAUCGUCGCCAACGCUAAUAAGCUGUACCGGUCAAUGCACCCUGACGAGGAGGAAGGAGAGGACCUCGAAAUGGGGGUCUUUGGCACCCAGUAUAGCCAGGCUGUGUUGAUGGUGGGCCGAGUGUGUUGUGAAGCUGAUGAAAACCUCCAACCAGUGCCCGAGCCAUUGAACCUCAACGCCCACAGUUUACUACUGGAGCCUAUCUUCACUGGUGGACCGGGAGCGAGUGGUAGAGGCAAGAGGCUUAUUCUGAACGUACAGGCCUUGGACAGCUACACUGUGUUCCCCGGCUGUGUUGUUGGAGUUAUCGGUCGGACUAGUCCCAACAGCUGUGGUGGUGAGCUGCUGGCUGAGGCGAUGGUCACUGGGGCUGGUCUCCAGUGGAGUAGGAAGACUUCUGGGGAGGAGCCCGCAAUCUCCCUCGAAGUGGCUCAUGCUGAUGGUGCUCCAAUACAUGUUCUUUCCGCCAGCGGUCCAUUUCAAUCGUUGAAGGGGAAGGUUAUGGGCGGCCAAAGACUGGAUGUCAUUACUCAAUACGUAUCGGAUAUCAAGCCGGGAGUGCUCAUCCUCAUGGGGCCUUACAUGGAUGUUGAUUAUAUGGAGGCGACUGUAGCUGAGGAGGUUGAGACGCCGAUGAGCUUCGAAGAUACGUUUAAUAAAGAGAUCUUACCGAGGUUGAUGAAGUUGGCGCUCACAUGCAGAGAGACGCGGACACAUCUAGUGCUCCUACCAUCGCUUAACGAGUGCUGUUUCCCCUACCCUUUACCGCAGCCGACGUUGAUGGCCUUGAAGGCCUAUGAACCCUGGGCUACCCUUGCCAAGCACCUGGAGCCGUUGAGACACGUGCGGCUGGGAGGAAAUCCUUGCUCGAUACGCAUCAACGAUAUGAUGCUGUACGUCAGCUCCACUGAUCCUCUGAGGUCCUUCACUGCAGAGAUACUCACGAAGAGCCCCGAGGGGAAGACCAAGGUUGACCUGGCCUUGGAGCAGUUCGUCUCCCAUCGAUCGCUGUUCCCGCUGAGCCCCUCAGCUCUACCCGUGGACCCUAACAGGCUUAGAGCUGGAGGCCUGAGAAUGCCAGAUGAAACUGAUAUAGUGGUGGGCUCAUUAGGCGAAGCGAUGCGUGUUGUUAUGCUGAAUUAUGGAGGCAGGAGGACGAUACUUCGUGAACUGCGGGGUGUUCACCAGGUGACCAUCGGGGCGGGAUGA